AAAACGGAAAAAAUGGCUUUUAAAUUACCGUUUUAUCCAUUUGUCGUCUCCCUAUAUAAACCUCAGUGGACUUGUUUCAGUUAGCGUAACCACUCACAGUGCUAAAGAAUUCCCUAGCAAACCGUCUCUAACAAACUUCUAAACAAAAACUACUUUAUUCUCUUUCUCACUCGGCAUUCUCUCUCUACACUUCUUCAACAAUGUCAAUGGUUUCUCCAUCUUCAAGAACUCAAACGUCACCGCGCUCGUACUCCUCAGCGUUUGCGUCCACGUCGGCGACGAAUUUCUCUCCUGGAACAUACUCCUCCGCGAACGCUAGAGUGCAGCGCCACCUUCCAUCAUCUUCAACGUCGUCGGUGAGAUUCUUGGCAGUGGAACAGAGGGCGAAGUCUCCAGUGCGGCGCUCAAUGACGGUGGCGACGACGACGAGUCAGACGAAGAAGGAGGCGGCGUCCUCGUCGUCGUCGAACACUGAGAGCGAGAAGAAAAAGUGCAUGUGCUCUCCAACCAUGCAUCCUGGGUCGUUCCGAUGCGCGUACCACAAACAGUUAGCAGAGCGGCAGCAGCAACAGGAGCAGCGACAACAACAGCGGCAGCAGCAACAACAGGGGCCGCAGGAACAACCGCAGCAGCAGCAGCAAACGAUGCCGCUAAGCGGUAGAAAACUGAAUCUUCUGAGAUCUGCGAUGAAGAAUUCGGUGGUGAGGAGGAUUGGAGGAGCGGACGGGGAGAUUGUCCGGAGAGCCUUGACGACUCUGAUUAGACCGUCGUCACACUACUUGCAUCGCCGUGUAGCAUUUCAGCCCAGGCCCACUCGGCUCUCCCUCAUGUCCAAAGCCCAAGACCAAUUAAUUCUCAAUAAUAAAUAAUAAUACUCUUUUUCAUUUUCGGAAAAUACACUUGUGUGUAAAUACUAAUGAGUUGUAAUUGGAGAGAUAGAAAGAAAGAAGGCUUAAUAAGGGGUUGUGUUCAAAAUAGUUUUAUUUUUUUUUAAAGUAAUAAUUGGUCUUAUUUUUUUGAAAAAACGGUUAAGGGCGUCAAAAAUUUAAUAUUGGAGUUAUUCUAGGAUUAAAGUUAAUGACGUGUUAGUUUUAAUUGAUUGCAUGGCAGUUUCAGUUUUAUUGAUGUGUAAAAUUAAAAUGGGUAGAAAAAAAAUUGACAUGUACUGUGUUUUGAGAGAGAUGUUAAAAAAAAUUAGGGUUAAGGUUGGAAGCAAAAUUGCGAUUUGGGAUUAAACUUUCUAGUGCAAGCUUUGUAAAUUGGGGUGUCGUUGAAGGUGAAGAACAAACAGCGAAUUGAAAAGUGUAACAGAGGUUAGUAUGUUAUGUUGUUAUAAUUUUGUGAAUUUUUGUUAUUGUUUGUUUAUGAUCAUUGUCGCAUUUUGGGGGUUUUAAGUAUGAGUUAAAGUGUUUCAUGGAAAAAGUUGUCGUGUUUUGAGGGUUGAUAGUGGUCCCAUAGGUCGUAGUUUAACUUAAUUUAGUGGUCUCGUUUGCAUUUGCAGGAUUAGGGUUGAGAUGUCUGAUGACAGGUUUCGGAUAGUGGUCCACCACAAUGAAACCUUGAUAAAAGAAGUGUCAUUUAAGUAUAUAGGUGGGGAGAUAGCUUAUUGGGACGUUGACCCCGACAAUUGGUGUUAUUCUGGAAUAGUUGGUUCACUUAAACAUUUAAGUUACAUUCAAGUAGCAGAAUUAUAUUACAAUGUUCAACAUGUAUUGCACAAGUUGUAUGAUGACAAAUGAGCUAUGAACAUGAUGAAGGUGGCUAAUUAUUUGGGGAAAGUAAACAUGUAUGUUGUACAUGGGGUGGACAAUCCAGAGGUAGUAGAACAUGAUGUGAAUGAUAUGCUUUACUUAUGUGAAGGACCUGCAGACAAUGGUGAGGGUAGUGGGGUUGGGGACCAAGAAAGAAGUUGAACAAGUUAAGGCUGUUGAGGAUGGAUUGGAUGUUGAGAAUGAGGGUGAAGUUGAGGUUCAUAUUGAUGAUGCAAUGGAGGUUGAGAAUGAGGGUGGAAUGAAGGUUGAGAAUGAGGGUGUUGAGGCUCUAGUUGAGGUUGAGAAUUAGGGUAGAGUUUUGGUUCAUACUGAAGGUGCAGUGGAGGUUGAGAAUGAAGGUGUUGAGGCUCCAGUUGAGGUUGACAGUGAGGGUGCAGUAGAGGUUGAGAAUAAGUGUGUUGAGGGUCGAGUUGAGGUUGAGAAUGAAAAAGUGAAAGUUGACAAUGACGUUGGAGUUAAGGUUCACAAAGAAGAAGAAGUUGAGAGUGAAGAAGAAGUGGAAGUUGAUAGUGACGUUGGAGUUGAGGUUCAUAGUGAAGAAGAAGUGGAAGUGGCAACCAAAAACUUGUUAUGACUUUGACAAGUGCAUCAAAUCGUUCAAGUAAUAAAACCGGUAAGACCAGAUAUCGUU